GAGAAGCUGACUCUGCUGCGGACUUGUUUCAUUCUGUAUUCGCUGCAAUUGUAGCCACCUGCUGUGUUUCUGGGUUUGCUUUCUUUUUUCACAAUGACUCACCAAACAAUUUAGGUAAUGUGGAAGAUACCUUCCACCAACAUGUCAUUGAUCCCUCAGCACAAGCUUCGUUUUUUCUUACGAUUAAGCAAUUUGUGCUCGAAGGCACGUCUCCCUAGUGAGCCUCAUGUAGACCUGGAAACAUCAAAUUCCACUUUUACUUCAAGUGACAAUUAUCCUGAGCAAAUCACAUCGAAAUCGAAUCAUAUGGAAGGAGUUUCAUCUGCAAUUGAUUUGGAUGAAAGCUUAUGUUGUGAGGAUCCGCCAAAUGCUGACUUCAUUGAACCCAUCGUGGGUGAUUUUGUUUCAACUUCAAAGCAUGUCGUGGACACCCUAUUAAGUUACAAGAACCAGCCCAUAGCAGCUUUAAAGUUCUUCAAGGGAAUAGAAUGUAAAUGGGGUUCUAUAAAAACCGCUGAUGCUUUCUGUUUGUUGCUUCAUAUUUUGACAUUUCACUCCAAGACUCGUGGGGUUGCUCAGGAUCUGCUCGGCAACUAUAUUGUUGGUCAUUCAGAUUUAGCUCCUAGUGCAUUUGUGCAACUACUAGUUGAGUGUGCAGGAAGGUACAAGCUUGAAUCAAGCUCUCGGGUUGUCAACUAUUUAAUGAAUAGUUAUGUUAAAGCUAAUAAACUCAAAGAUGCUGUUGAUUGUUUUAAAACGAUGGUAAAUCAAAAUAUUGAUCCUUGGGUCCAAUUUAUGAAUCGCCUUUUGAAAGCAAUGGUUAAGGGGAACAUGAUUGAUGAAGCACUAGAUUUGUAUGAUGAAAUGAUUCGAAGAAGAAUCUAUGGCAAUUGUUUUACACUAGAUGAAGUAAUGUCUGCAUGUUUAAUACAAGGGUAUCAUGAAAAGGCAGAAAAGUAUUUCAAAGAGUUUAGGGCUGGAAGGCCAAAACUUGAUGCUUUGGAAUAUGACAUCGUUAUUCAAGCUGCUUGCAAGUGGCCUAACUUAAUGUUGGUGUGUAGUCUACUGAAGGAGAUGCAAGAUAUGGGUUGGGUGCCCUCUGAGGGCACAUAUACACGUGCCAUUGGUGCUUGUGCGAAGCAUGGAAAUGUCACAGAGGCAUUGAGGCUUAAGGAUGAGAUGGUGAACAGUAAUAUACCAAUGAACAUCAAAGUCACAAAAAGUUUGAUAAAAUUGUAUUGCAUGCAGGGGAAUAUUACUACUGCAUUAAAGUUGUUCAAUGAAACACUUGAGGCUGGACUUGCUCCUGACGAGGAUACUUUCUCUCUUUUGAUCAAUUGGUGCUCUAAGAUUGGGAAUAUGGAGAAGGCAUAUGAAAUUUUCUCCCAAAUGAAACUCAUGGGCAUCCAGCCUACUUCCUUUAUUUUCAAUUGCCUUCUAAAAGGAUUCUUGAAACAGGAUUUGCAAGAAGAUGCAAAUAGAUUGUUCGAUGAGGCACUUGAGCAUGGUACUGCUAAUGUUGUGACAUAUAAUGUCCUCUUAUCCUGGCUCUGUGAUCAGGGCAAGAUUAAUGAGGCUAAUAAUUUGUGGGAUAAGAUGAUGGUUAAGGGCAUUGUGCCUUCCAUAGUCUCUUACAACAGCAUGAUACUUGGCAGCUGUAGAAAGGGUCAUGUUGAUGAUGCAGUUAGGGUGAUGAAUGAGAUUCUAAAAGCAGGUUUAAAACCAAAUUACUAUACAUAUACUAUUUUAAUAGAUGGAUUUUUCACAAAAGGUGACUCUGAACAUGCACUCAAUCUGUUUGACCAAAUGGUGGCUGCAAAAAUUGCGCCAACAGAUUUCACUUUUAACACGGUUAUAAAUGGCUUGUGUAAAGUUGGUCGGACGUCUGAGGCAAGGAAUAUGUUGAACAAGUUCGCUGAGAAGGGUUUUGUUCCUACAUUAAGGACUUACAAUUGCAUCAUCAAUGGAUAUGUCAGGGAAGGUGCAGUCACUACAGCAUUGUCUGUGUACAAGAAGAUGUCUGAAGAUGGAAUCCCACCAAAUGUUAUCACUUAUACCAUUUUGAUUAAUGGACUUUGCAAAAGCAAUGACAUUGGUCUUGCUUUGAAAAUGCAUGAUGAUAUGAGAAAUGUUGGUUUUGAAUUGGAUAUUACUGCAUACGGUGCUCUUAUUGAUGGGUUCUGCAAACAGCGAGACAUGGAAAAUGCUUGCAGACUGUUUUCUGAGCUCUUGGAGGUUGGUUUGUCUCCUAACACCGUUAUUUAUAAUAGCAUGAUCAGUGGUUUUAGAAAUUUGAAAAAUAUGGAAGAAGCAUUGAAUUUGCACAAGAAAAUGAUUAAUGAGAAAAUUCCAUGCGAUUUACAAAUAUACACAACAUUGGUCGCUGGGCUUCUCGAAGAGGGUAAAUUGGCCCUUGCUUCAAAUUUUUACUCAGAGAUGCUAUCCAAGGGUGUUGUGCCUGAUAUGAUCAUGUGCACUACUCUGAUAAAUGGACUCUGUAAACGAGGACAAGUAUCAAAUGCUCUAAAGAUCCGGGAAGAAAUGUAUAUGAGUAAUAUAACUCCUACUGUUCUUGUUUAUAACACUUUAAUUUCUGGACUCUUUAGGGAGGGCAAUUUACAAGAGGCAAUUAGAUUGCAUGACGAGAUGCUUGAUAGAGGUCUUGUGGCUGAUGACACUUCCUAUGAUAUGCUCGUAAAUGGAAAGUUCAAGGGAUCAAAUCCUCUGGUUAGAUUUAAUUUGCAUUAACAGGAUCUAAUCCAAUGUUGAUGCAUGUCUCACAAGUCUUAUUUUCCAUAACCUUAGGACCUAGAAACUAAGUUGAAAUUAUUUUCCUUUAGAUUGCAGUUCCAUUUGAGUACAAUUUUAAUUCUCUCUCUGUUGGAAUUCCUCUGAUGGAUCAAGAGUAUAAUGGAUUCAAUCUGAUGUUCCGUUUGAACUCAACUAUGGUUUUAGCAAGUAUAAAUGAAUUCUGUCAGUUGGAGUCUUGUUUGGCCAA